CCCUACAGGAGGCGUUCGGCUGUAGUGUCUCAAAGAGAGAACUUUGUUCGUCUAAUCUAAACCCAACGGUCAACAUGCCCACCAAGAGUGCUACUGAUGACCGUCUGAGCAAGUUUAAGAACAAGGGAAAAGAGCCGUCGAAGCUCCGUGAGCGGCGGAUAGCGGAGUGCGUAGAGCUGCGUAAAGCCGCGAAGAACGAGAACUUCCUCAAGAGGCGGAACAUCUCCACUCUACCGGAGGAUGCGGUCCAGUCUUCAGACUUCAACACCGACAACCACGAGGUGACUGUGACUACCAUCGAGGAGGUUGUUGGUCAUGUGAACAGUGACUGCAAGGAGAGACAGACCAGAGGAUGUCAGGCUGCCAGGAAGCUCCUGUCCCGUGAGCGUAACCCCCCUCUAAAGGAAAUAGUGGAGGCAGGGCUGCUGUCCAGAUUUGUUGAGUUCCUAGGGAGAGACGAUGACCCCAGUCUGCAGUUUGAAGCCGCCUGGGCUCUUACCAACAUCGCCUCGGGGACCUCCUGGCACACACAACAGGUGGUAGAGCAUGGUGCAGUACCAGCUUUCAUAUCUCUGCUGGCAUCCCCCAUGUUGCACAUCAGUGAGCAGGCUGUCUGGGCCCUGGGCAACAUAGCAGGUGAUGGUCCGGCGUAUCGAGAUACUCUGAUAGAAUGUAACGUGAUCCCUGCUCUGCUGUCUAGAAUCACCCCAGACACACCUGUGGGAUACCUUCGUAACUUGACAUGGACCCUGUCUAACCUCUGUAGGAACAAGAACCCCUUCCCUCCCCUAUCUGCUGUCCAACAGGUGCUGCCUUCUCUGCUUCAGCUCCUCCACCUGAGUGAUCAGGAUGUCUUGAGUGAUGCAUGCUGGGCCGUGUCCUACCUGACUGAUGGUGCCAACGACCGUAUCGAUAUUGUGGUCCAGACCGGUAUUGUCCCCCGUCUGGUGGCCCUCAUGGGCUUUGAGGCGCUCACUGUGGUGACCCCAGCUCUACGCUCCAUAGGGAACAUAGUGAGUGGCUCAGACAUCCAGACUCAGGUGGCCAUCGAUGCAGGAGUGCUGUCUGUCCUGCCUAGUUUAAUGAGACACAGCAAGCCCAGCGUCCAGAAGGAGGCAGCCUGGGCCGUAUCCAACAUCGCUGCUGGUCCCGCUCAACAGAUUCAACAAAUGCUCACCUGUGGCCUGCUGCCCCCUCUUAUUGACCUGCUACGCAACGGUGACUUUAAGACCCAGCGCGAGGCGGUGUGGGCCAUAACUAACUUCACCAGCGGGGGCACAGUGGAGCAGGUUAUCCAACUGGUCCAAUCAGGAGGCCUGGAGGCCAUCCUCAACCUAUUGACUGUCAAAGACUCCAAGACCAUCCUCGUCAUAUUGGACGCCAUCCACAACCUCUUCAUGGCAGCAGAGAAGAUGGGUGAGACUGAUAAGCUGUGUCUACUGGUUGAGGAGUUGGGAGGCCUGGAUAAGAUCGAGAUGCUGCAGAACCAUGAGAAUGACACCGUGUACCGUACGGCCCAGGGACUGAUAGAGAAGUUCUUCACUGAUGAGGAGGCUGAGGGUCUGCAGACUGAAGCCACUGACACAACCUUGGCCUUCAAGACCCAGGAUGUGCAGAAGACCUUCCGGUUUUAAUAAUCCAUAGUCCAGUGUUAAAAUACAACAUGAUUUUGAAUAUGUAAUAAAUAUAUUUUUUUGCA